GUUCACCACGUUUCCCUCUAACAUGGCAAAGAUACAACCGGAUGAGAUGGAUUUGAACUUGGUGGGAACAAACGAUUUUAUGUGCAGACAGUCUAGGAUACUGUUUCGCAGACGUGCCGAGCACACCGUCGACAACAAUGUCGGUUUCAAUCUGGUCACGUUCGCCAUGGAGAAGUUGCUUGGCACCUCGGCCACAUCGCAUUACGAUGAUGGGCAAAACCUGGCGAUAUUAGCACGCCGCAUCCCGAUCGAUAUGCGCACGAACACAAGCGCAGCCCUCAUGUUGACAAAUCGACAACUUGCUCAGCACAUGCGUGUGCUUUACGCUGUCACAGACGACAAUGAAACACUUAUCACCGGAUCUCCGAGCGAGCCAAUCGUCUCAGAGGGUGCAAAGACCGCAAUGUCCCACACGGGAUUCGAUGUAGUAAACGCACUUGGAGGAAUUUUGAAAUCUCCCGGCAUCAGCGUGGGUGAACGAGGGGAGAUGAUGGCUGAGCUCCUUCUCAUCCUUGCCAGCGAUGCUGCCACUGUAGAAGCAAAAGGCAAAUUCUCGAUACCGACUUUCUUCGAGCACCUGCUCACUGACUCCUCCUGGAACGUGCUGAAAGGGACUAGUGCAUCACGCGGUGCCAAGGAAUUCCACGCCGGGACCUUUCAACACACAUUCAAGAACUCAUACGGGAACUUCAAUCACAUCAUCAAAGUCCAUAACAAUGUCCUAGAGUCAAAGUCAUGGUAUCGGCACCUUAGCAGACGGGCCGGCAUUUCCGCGAGGUUUGGGGAACGUGGUAUAGAUGGCGCUUUCCCCAUCACUAUCAAUGGCACAAAGAUCGCUCCGGAUAAUAUCAGCUGUCUAGUCUUUCAAAUCAAGGCCGUGGAAGCUAUGCAACGACCCUCGAAACUUGUGUUCGACAAAAUGGACGACCCUGUGCUUGGAACGGACGAUUCCGAUGAUACUGAUUCCACAUCCGCAAAACCUGUCAUUCGUUUGGUAUUCUCACUCAGAUCCCACGAAAAGGAUGUGAUCGUGAUGAAAUACACAGACGACUACGACAACGAACUACUGACGUGGGACAUCUUUGUACUUUUCUCGUCCCUGAGAGCUGUUAAGAAGAACCCAAAGGCGUGGCAGACUGUGCUGGACAUGGCGUCGAGUGAAGGGAAGAUGUAUGGUAGUAAUGUGACACUGAUGGGGAUGGACCCAGGGGCAGGAAUCGGUGAUAAUUUCUGGCCAAAUUGGGUUACAACAGGAAAGAAAACGACUGAGGAUGGAAGCGAGGCAAAGGCGAAGGCAUCGAGCAAGGGGAAGGGAAGGGCGAAGUGAGU